AUGUCCGAAACAGAAGACGGCGAUUUUACCUCUCUUCCCUUGUCAGAAAGGUUAAACCACAAACUAUGGAAAGCACGGAUGCACGGUUACCAGGAGCUGAACAAUGCGUUCAAGAAAGCUUCCAUUAGGUCGAUUCCACGUGAAAUAUCUCAGUACUGGACGAACCCGGAUCUUUUCGCCCAAUACAUCGUGGAUUCCAACGUUGUGGCGCAAGAACAAGCUGUGACAGCGCUACUAAGUCUUCUAGAAUAUUUGUGUCAACUUCCUGAAAAUCCGUCUUCCAAUUCUUUACGAGUGCAAUGGAUCCCACCUCUAGCCGAAAAAGGAUUGGGCUCUUCUAGAGCUGCUACAAAGCAGAAAACACAAGAAUGUAUACUGACAUUGGUGUCACUAGACGAAUCCAUCACUGCAUCCAUCGAGCUUUUGGAACCAUUGCUAAAAAACAAACUGCCGCGUCUUGUCGCAAACUGUGUAGAAUGCAUGGCUCGAAUAGUUGAGUUUUUCGGGUUGCAGCAGGUCACAAACCUUCCGGCUUUUCUCCAGCUAUUCUUGGAGCCCAUACCGCGUCUUUCCAGUCAUGCCGACAAAACUGUUCGUUCACAGACCAUGGAUUUGAUUUUACAAUUAUACAAAUGGCUGGGACGUGAUCUCUUGCAGGAUGUUCUACUUGAGAGACUGAAACCAAUCCAACAGCGUGAUUUGGACAAGACAUUCCAGCAAUACAAAGGGGAAAUUCCUCCUUCUUCUCAACCAAGGCCAUUCCAAUGGCAAAAAAAGCAGGAUACCGAGCAAUCGGAAACUGAUAAAGAUGGUGACACCCUGAUGGGCGGUGCUCUCAAGCUCGGUCAGGAGAACGGUGGGAACAUGACCAAGGGCUCGCAAGGUCCUCUAAUCAAUGCUUUUGAUCUAUUACCCGCGAGUUUGAUACUGGACAAGUUUCCUAUCGAUUUCAAUGAUCGAAUUUCUUCAUCUAAGUGGAAAGACAGAGUCGAAUGUCUUGAAGAAAUUCUAAAUCAAAUCUUGCUACCUGUCAAAAAGCUCGAGGCCAAAAAUCAGGAUUAUAGUGAUUUUUUGAGAGCCUUAGCUCAGGUUAUAGAAAAAGAUGCCAAUGUUCAAGCUGUGACCUUGGCAGCUCAAUGUAUCCAACAGUUGUGCUCAAAAUUAUCGAUCAAUUUUAACCGACAGUAUGGUUCGCUAGUGCUGACUGCAUUGUUGGAAAGAUCUAAAGAAAAGAAAGCAUCGGUUAAUGAAGCAAUUUGUCAAGCUCUUAUACAAAUUUCAGAAUGUUGCGGUGUUGAUUCCUGCUUAGAGGAAACAUUGCGUUUCAUGGCGCACAAGACCCCCCAGGUACGAAUGGAAAGUACAAAGUUUUUGACACAUCUCUUACAAACCUGGAAGCCAGAAGCUCAUAACCCUAAUGAUGAACUAGUAAUAAAGCUGGUUCCUGACAUCUCUCAAGCAGCGCUUAAAAUUGUCGGUGACACACAGCCUGCCAUCCGUGACACUGGGUACGAAUGUAUCGCGACGUUGAUGAAGCUUGUCGGUGAAAGAGAGGUUUCAGAUGUGAUUGAUAAUCUCGACAAUUUGAAGAAGAAGAAAGUCUACGAGCAUUUCGAAAGAGCACAAGUAGCUGGUGGACUACGCACGCAGCGACCACAAGACACGGCUGGAGAAAGAAAUCCUAUUCCAUCCCACGGACCAGAUACGUAUCGCGGCAAGGCCCCAAUGAAGUCCGGAUUGACAUCUCCAGGCUUUAAUGGAGGAGCGACCUCUCUUCGUAAGCCACUUUCUACGCUACCAUCCAAACGAGGGCCUUCUUCGCCCUUAAAGACGGGAAAUAGAGUUGAGCCCCAUCAUAAUGGUCUGCCCUCAGCAAAAUCAAGGCUCACCACGCGUUCUUUGACCACCGACUCUCCAAUGGCCUCUAGCAAGAACCAAGCUGUUAGUGUAGAGUUGGAUGAUCUGCGUGGUCAAAAGCAGAAGUGGCUCAAAGAGCGCCAAGACUUCCUGAACACUAUCACAGAAUUCCAAAGUCGAUCUUCUCGAAUAAAUUCUGAAAAAUCGUCACUUCAACAACAGCUGAGUACAGCCCAGGCGACGCUUCAUGAGCGGAAUUUAGAGCUGCGCUCCAAAGACAUGCAAAUAACCCGCCUCCAAGACCGCGUAUCAAUUCUCGAAGCAGAAUUAGAAGCCAAGACCACGCUGCCUUCCUCAACCUAUGGGGUAAGAUCUGCCUUAUCAUUCGAUCCCCCCUCUGCACCACUUUCACAGGCACCACCCGGUACACCGCCACCUAGAAGAGUAAUAUCAUCAUCGUCAAACGGACGAAGUUCACCAUCAGCAGAAGGUCAACGGGAAAGAAAUUUCAACAGUCGCGUAUCGAGUUUAGGCAAUAGAGUGAGGUCACCCAGCGAGUCAAGUGAUGAUCUCCCCCAUAGGGUUAACUCCUUACAACUGAGAAAUGAGGCGAAUUUAAUUGGAAGGCAAUCCGGGAGUUCCAGUGCCGAUCAAUUUUCCAGCACCAGUAGUAACCUUUUCAAUGACGAUAGUUGGAAACGCGCAGCCGAAGUAACAUCUCAGCUGAAAGCACGAAUCGAACGAAUGCGUGCCAAAACGCGAGAUAUGGGCAGUCUGUGA